AUGAGUUCUUUUACAAGUAACAGAGAUUUGGUUCAUAAGAUCAUCCCGACUUUAACUUUAAGCGAUUUAUCUACUGGUCUAAAUGAUAUUGAGAAUGAUAUAGAUUACUUGUUAAGCUGGUUAAGCCCUUACUAUCCAAUUCCAGAAUGGAGUCAAAAAGAGCCUUCUUCCAGAAUAAAGGCGGCUAUUAGAAGCUGUCUUAAAGAUUUGAACGGAGAACUUACAUUUAUUAAACUAUACAUCAAUUCGGUUAAUAACAGUUUCAUGUUGCAUUUUAAGACCGAAGGGCUAGAUCUCUUUCAAAUUUUCAAUCAAAUAAGGAGAAUAUUGAACUACUACGAAUGGCAUUUGAACUAUCUAAAUUUGGACAGUUUGCCACGAGAUAUCUUCCAAAGAAAUUUGCAUACUUUAUUUUACAACGCCUUAAUUAAAGAAAGCCAACUUUUGGACCAUCUAAGGUCCUAUUUAAAAAUAAAUUUAUUUGAUUCUAGCAGCCCAAAAAAUGACAAGCUUUCGGAUGCCCUUGCUAUUUUGAUUUCAAUUAAUUUCACGGAUGAACUUAAUUUUAUAAUCGUUCAAUUGUCAAUUGCCAAAAUUAAGGAAUAUGUAUUGAGAGUCUGUUCAGAUGUGUUGAAUGAACCUUUCUUGGAGAAAAUAAAAGGCUUUGUCGAGAAUGAAAUUUGGCCCAGCUUUCAUAUAAUCAUGACGCUUUCAAAUAACGAUCAAAUAUUCUUGUAUGAUCUUAUAAAAAUAGCAUGCGAUGAAUUAGUUUCUCUAAGGAUCAGUGAGAUUUAUAAGAUGGUGCAUGACUAUCCUCAGAGCAAGAUUAGUCUCUUUGAACUAUACCAGUGUCUUAAUUACUCAAUUCCUCAAACCAAUAUCAAGACACGUUUUAGCACAUUGAUGAAUUAUUCGACAUACAGCCAAGCUUACCAAAGGACGACUCUUGUAGAAACCUUUAUUCAGCGGUGUAAUGAAAAUUUGCUUCAUUCUGGUACUAACACCGUCGACGUCAUCACCACUUAUACAAAGACGAUUCGUGCAUUUUUAAUUAUAGAUCCGAAAGGGGUUCUUCUUGAUAAAGUUAUCAGACCAAUUCGAAGAUAUCUUAAGACCCGUGAUGAUAUUAUUAUCAAAUUAGUACAUGGACUUUUGGAUGAUAGCGACACGAACGAGUUAAGAGACCUUGCAGUAGAAUUAAGGAGACAGGAUAGCGAACUAUUCAGUAAACGCAUUGUUAUCGAUGAGAAUAUAGAUUUGCAUUGGACUCCUGAUCCAAUAGACGCAUUACCAGACUUCAAAAAGGGGAAGCUUACCGACAUUAUAGAAUCCUUGAUUUCUAUUUUCGAUUCAAAGGAUAUUUUCAUUAAUGAGUUUACCAAAUUGUUUAGUGAGCGAUUGAUUAAACAAUUUGAUUACAACGUCGACGAAAUAGUUGAUUAUUUACUGCUUUUGAAGCUCAGAUUUGGGAAAAACGAAUUCACAACUUUGGAUGUAAUGAUAAGAGACAUCAAAGAGAGUCGGCUUAUAAAUGAUUUGCUAUAUUCUAGAUCCUCAUCUCCUCAGUCAAACUUUCAGUCUACAAUAUUGUCACACAAUUACUGGAAUCAUUUGAUGGAGAGUAUAUCGGCGCAGAAUGACAACUUCAAGUUGCCAGAAUCGAUUUACCAAGACUUCAAAAACUUCAGUGACAGUUAUCUGGAGUUGAAGAAAGGACGAUACCUAAAACUAUUGCCACACUUGGGAUUAGUCAAAAUCGAAUUAUCUUUGAACAAUAAGACUUUGAAUUUUGAAACUUCACCCGAUAGGGCGUCUAUAAUCACGUUGUUUAACGACAAGUCUGACCCAUUACUGUUGGACUUCGUGGUUCAGGAGCUUAAAAUGACACCUUUCAUUGCAUCUCAAGCUUUACAGUUUUGGGUAAAGCAAGAAGUGCUCCUCGAGGUAACAAGAGAUUUAUAUAUAGUUAAUGAAGAUGCAGACACUGAGCCGAUGUUGGAACUCACUAGCCCUUCAGAAAAGGAUAUCUUAAGUGCGGAUCUGAAACAUCUUUCAAUAAAAUCACACGAGAGCUUGCAAGGAUUGUUUCCAUAUAUUCAUGGUAUACUCAAUAACUUGGGUCCGGUUACCUUCGAUAGAAUCAAGGAUCUAUUAAAAGUUACUGUCCCCAAGGAGGUUAUGAACAUGGAAGCAGUUACUAAUAUAUCCCUUGAGGAAUAUCUCGAUGGGCUAGUUGAUGAUCAAAAGAUAAAUUUCUCCAACAGUUGCUACUCUUUAAAAACUUAA